AUGACCUCAAACGAGUAUGUCCAUUUGAUGCUUUCAUUGAGAAGUAUCGGAUUCGGGAAAACAGCGUUAGGAAAGACGAAAUUUAUUUCAACUGGAUUAUCUCCGAUGUGGGAGGAUACAACCAACGAUGAUGGAGUGGAAGAAGUCGCGAAAAAAGCGGCAACGAAAAUUUUGAUUAUUGAUGUUAACAGCCAAGUGAAAGACUUGAAAACUCUUCAAUAUUUUCAAGACAAUGCUAUCAAAGCGGUAAGAGAGGCGCCGAUUAAUUGCAAAACUGCGGCGUGCUUGCAAGCCGAAACUGGAGUGGGAACCGCUUCGUAUGCUCGACAUCUGUUUGAUGUGUUUUAUUUGUAUGGAAUUGCUCUCGCUAGUCUCAACUCGACCGACCCGAAGAUCUAUAAUAACCUGACGGCGCUCAAAUCCAAACUUCUCACUUCAUUUGAUGGAUUAACCGGAAGUGUGAUCCUUAAUAAUAAUUUGGUUCGAAAGCCAUUCUAUCAAGUUUUUGGGUUAACUCAAGAAUAUGAGCAAACGACAUUGAUGAAUAUUACAUAUGCUGAUGAUUCGCCAUUGGCGCAAAUAUCAAGUGCUUAUGUUGAUGAAUCGAAAACAAUGUGGAGUUGGUGGAAUAGAAAUAGACCAUUGGCUACUCCGAUCUGCGGAUUUUACCUCAUACUUCUCGUUGCUUCUGUUGUCGUUUUAGCCUCGCUUUUGAUAGUUGGAUGCAUUUUUGCCAUGUGCUUAAUACGAAAUAAGAAGAUUGAACAAGAACGACAAAAUGCAGAAUGGCAGAUUCCUUUCGUAAAGUUGUUAACUGUGGAAAAGAAAGAACGAGGAUCGACGAGUAAAAGAAGCUUGCAAUCAACACCAUCGACAAUUACGGGAGACAGCAAAUUUUCUCAUGAAAAUGAGUUUGACGAAAAUUAUUCGUUGCGAAUUUACGGCAAAGAGGUGGUUCUAACGACGAAUCAUGUUGCAACCAAUCUAUCAAAACUCGACUAUGACAAGUUUGUCAAGAUGCGAAAAUUGGACCAUGAUAAUAUAAACAAGUUCAUUGGAUUAUCGAUCGAUGGUGUCAUGUAUGUUGCAGUAUGGAAGCUGUGCGGUCGAGGAAGUUUGAAAGAUAUCAUAUCAAAAGGCAAUUUUUCAAUGGAUUCAUUCUUUAUGUUAUGUAUAAUUCGCGAUAUUGCUGAGGGAUUACGAUAUUUACAUGAUAGUUUUCUGAAAACCCACGGCAACUUACGCUCAGCGACUUGCCAUGUCAAUGAUAGUUGGCAGGUGAAGCUCACCGAUUUCGGUUUAAGCAACCUGCAGGAAGAGGAAGUGCCAUCAAAGCGAAGAUUGUUAUGGGUUGCUCCAGAAGUUAUUCGAGGAUCACUCGGUCCGAAUCAAUUGGAACCGUCAGCCGAUGUCUAUUCCUUCGCGAUAAUUGCGAGCGAAGUGUUAACAAAAAAAGAAGCAUGGGGUUUAUUGGAUCGCAAAGAGAGUGUCGAUGAAAUCAUUUAUCAAGUGAAGAAAGGCGGACAAUACCCAAUGAGACCCGAUCUAGUGGAAAAUGAUUAUGAGAUAAAUGUGGAUUUGAUUCGUCUUGUUAAGGAAUGCUGGAGUGAGACUCCUGAAGAUCGUCCAACUACUACCAUAAUCUGCAAAACACUUAUCGAACUGAUGCCAAAAACAAAAACGAAUCUAAUGGAUCACGUAUUCAAUAUGCUCGAGGAAUACACGACGACUCUGGAAUUAGAAGUGGAUGAUCGGACGAAAGAAUUGACCCUUGAAAAAAAGAAGGCCGAUAUAUUGCUAGGCAGAAUGCUGCCAAAACAAGUUGCAGAGCGUUUGAAAGCUGGACAAACUGUCGAACCGGAAGGAUUCGAUUCGGUGACGGUGUUCUUCUCCGAUGUUGUCAAGUUCACUCAAUUAGCCGCAAAAUGCUCCCCAUUCCAAGUUGUCACACUUCUUAACGACUUGUACAGUAACUUCGAUACGAUAAUCGAGGAGCACGACGCCUACAAGGUCGAAUCGAUCGGCGAUGGAUACCUUUGUGUGUCGGGACUCCCAAUAAGGAAUGGAUUCGCUCAUAUCAAACAAAUCGUCGACAUGUCAUUGGAAUUCAUGUCAUAUGUAAAAAAGUUCAAAAUUCCACACCUGCCGAGAGAAUAUGUGGAAUUGAGAAUAGGUAUAAAUAGCGGACCAUGUGUUGCCGGCGUUGUUGGUUUAAGUAUGCCUCGCUAUUGCUUGUUCGGUGAUACCGUUAAUACUGCUUCGAGAAUGGAGAGCAACGGAAAAGCAAGUCACAUUCACAUGUCAAGUGCAGCUCAUUCUCUUCUGACAAGUCAUUAUCCGCAUCAGUAUGAGACAUGCUCAAGAGGAGAAGUCAUUAUAAAAGGAAAAGGUGUUAUGGAGACAUUUUGGGUGUUGAACCGCCUUGAAGAUGCGACUGUUAGGAUGGCCACUGCUGUGAAAGGAAAAAUCUUGGCUGUCAUCGGAGACGAAGACACUGUUGUUGGAUUUUUGCUCGGAGGCGUUGGCGAGCUCAACAAGGCAAGAAAACCAAACUAUUUGAUUGUCGAUAAGCAAACGGCUGUGCAAGAAAUUGAAGACGCUUUCAAGGGAUUCUGCGCUCGUGACGACAUUUCGAUUAUUCUUAUCAAUCAGCACAUUGCUGAAAUGAUUCGUUAUGCUGUUGACCAGCACACUGCUUCUAUCCCAGCCGUUCUUGAGAUUCCGUCGAAGGAGGCCCCAUACGAUCCAAGCAAGGACAGCAUUCUCCACAGAGCUCGCGGUCUCUUCAACCCAGAAGACUUCCGAUAA